CACAAGGUGUAGGCGCCUUGACCCUGAAUGUUUGCUUAGGGUAUUAAGGUUUUCAGGUAAGUCCACCUUCUCUCCCUCUUAUUAUUCUUUGUUUCAUAGGUCAUGAUGGUUGUAUGGCAGUGAAGCAGCAGUUCAAAUGGUUGAUGUACUGCUGUUGUUGACGAUGGUGAUGAGGCUGGUGCAUGCCGUCUUCGUAAAUGGUGGCCUCGGGAUGGUUCACACCAACUGUUGUACAUCUUAUCAGACAGGGCGCAGCCACGCAGUCAGUGGCGUUCCUGCAUUUGGUCUUUUGCAUCUGGUUGUUAACUUUAGUUCCAUUGUGAUUACUUUAAGGUACUUUUUUCUUGCAUCCACUUUUUACAUUCUAUUUGCAUUCAACCGCACUACGUUGUCUUUGUCAGUUAGUGUUUUUCUUACACUGGAUCCACCGCACUUCGGUGCCCGGAUCAUAAUACUUAAACGGAAUUGAACUGACAGCUUUAGUCCCAG